AUUCAUUCACUCAUCAUCUGAAAAUUUUUAAGGUUAUGUUUUAGACAAAACAAAACAUUUUCAUUUAAUUUAAUUAUUUUUUCUAAAAUGAAUGUCCUUAGAAAGAAUGGUUUGCUAGUGCAAUUAAGCAGAUUUAAUUCUACAGCCACUGAAUUUGUCAAUAGAAACCCUCGGAACUUGGAGAGGAUUCGCAUAGCUCGUAAACCCGAUGGUUACCACUUAGAUAAGCCUGGGAAAAAGUUUUGGCACAAGCUCAUUCUCACUCCUUCAAAUCGUAUUGUAACUGCCCAAGUGAUACACUUUCUCAAUGGACCAGUAAUCGAAGCAAAGACAUCAGAAUGGUCUCUUCGCAAGCAAUUAUACAGUGUAAAUGAUACCAGCGCAUAUAUUAACCUCGGAAGAGUGUUCGCUCAACGUUGCCUUGAGUCUGGGAUAACAGAAAUGUAUUGCGAUAUCAAACCUACAAAAGGUGGGAAAGUAGAAAAGUUUAUCAAUGAAGUUGUAAAUGGAGGGAUUAAAUUAGAAGAACCAGAAGUGUACACUAAACCUCACCCAUGGGAUCGAUUUAGACCAGAAAAGCCUUGGGAAGUUACAGAAUAAGUUAAUGUAAUUUAAAUUUAAUUUAGUAGUUGUUAAAAAUAGAAUGAAAUAAAUUAUAAUACCCAUAUACU